GGUUCCUCUGGUGGUGGAGGUCUGGCACAGAGACUCCACCAGCAGAGACCAGCUGAUUGGACGAGCCUCGGUCCAGCUGUCUCACCUGCUGAGCUCCGAGAGGAUCCGAGUCCCAACGUCAACAGGGGAGCAGAGCUGGAGACAGACUCACCAGGACCGCGUCCCCGUCCUCAAAACGCACCGCUCCGCUGAGAAGGUGGCAGAGCUCAGCUACGUGGCAACGCUGGAGGACCUCGGGCUGGUUAAAGCCAGAGAGGUCAUCGUGUCCGAGUCUUCACAGACUGAACCUGCCGUCCCCACACAGCCGUCCUCCCACCCUGCAGCACCCAGACCUGCUGCUCCCAGCCUGAACCCGCUGGCCCCGCUGGCCCCCAGAGAAACCCUGGAGUACCGCACGGCGCUGGAGCUGGAGCUGUGGAAGGAGGAGCAGGAGGAGCUGUUUGAUAAUCAG